UAAACAACUGUCAUAUAACGGGAAGAAGUAGAGACGGUACAUUGCAUAAUAAAAGAUACAAGGAAGAACAAAGAAAUUGAAGAAAAAAAGAUUCACAUAAAAAUGAAGACUUUACUAUGGAUUAUAUUAUGUAUGAGUUUGUGUCUUACGUUAUCCCAGGGAUACAGAAUCCUUGGAAUUUUUCCAUAUUUCGGGAAAAGUCAUUUUAUCAUGUUCGAAAAUUUGAUGAAAGGACUCAUUAAGAAGGGUCAUCAGGUCGAUGUAAUUAGUUCAUACCCAUUGAAAAAACCGUUCGUUAAUUAUACCGAUUUAGUUGUGGUGCCAGUGGAAAUAAAUGUUGUUAAUAACAUUUCGUACAAAUUAGCAAAUAAACUCUCCAUUUUGCAGAAGUUGUCAAACAUAGCUGGUAAUAAUCUUUGUGAAAAUUUGGCACAUCCAAAAAUUCAAAAACUAAUUCGUAAUCCUCCGAAGGAUCCACCCUAUGACGUCGUACUGAUAGAGGUAUUUGCUUCUCACUGUUUUGCUAUAUUCGGACACCUUUUCAAUGUACCAGUGAUCGGAGUCACUACUUGCAGUUUUUAUCCAUGGCACAAUCAUAUUAUCGGAAAUCCCGAAAAUUUAGCCAUUCUACCGAAUAAUUUAUUGAACUUUAAGACUCCAAUGAACUUUUGGCAACGAACGUACAACUUUCUACACACUUUCUUCUACAACAUAUACUUCAAUCAUUUGACCAAAUAUCAAGACGAACAAAUAAGAAAGUACGUCGGUCCGAAUUUACCGAGUGUGCGACAAUUGGAGAAGAAUAUUUCCAUGAUUCUGGUGAACUCAUAUUUUACUAUGGACGGAAUUAGACCUUUAACGCAGGCCUACAUAGAAAUCGGUGGAUUGCACGUUCAAGAUGACGGCUCGAAAUUAUCACCUGAGCUACAGAAAUGGUUGGACGAAAGUAAAGAUGGUUUUGUCUAUUUUUCGUUUGGUUCUAUGCUCAAGAUAGAAUCAUUUCCAAGAAAGAUUCUCAAUAUAUUCUAUAAAUCUUUCGAAAGGAUAUCGCCAGUAAAUAUUCUAAUGAAGAUUCCAAAUCCCAAAGAGUUACCACCUGGUUUGCCAAAGAACGUUCACACUUCACCAUGGAUACCGCAAUUGAAAGUUUUACAACAUCCAAACGUGAAGGCAUUUAUUACUCAUGGUGGUCUUAUGGGAACACAGGAGGCCAUUUCAUGCGGCGUUCCAAUGAUCGGAAUACCUAUUUUCGCCGACCAAUUUGCAAAUGUCAUUAAUUAUGUGAAGCACAAUAUUGCAAUAAAACUAGACUACGAAAAUUUGUCACAAGAUGAAAUGGAUGCUGCAUUGAACGCAAUCUUAAAUAAUUCCACAUACAGGGAGGCCGCACGUAAUGUUGCACAACAAUUUUUGGAUAGGCCAUUGAAGCCAAUCGACACCGCUAAUUAUUGGAUUGAAUAUAUCGUGAAAUACGGAUGGGACGCACUCCGUUCACCGGCCAUGGACUUGAAUUGGUGGGAAAACGAUCUUUUAGACGUAUAUACAUUCUUAUUGUUGAUUAUAGUUAUCAUCAUUUACAUAACAAUUCGAUUAAUUAGAAUAUUUCUGAGCAUAAUUUUAUCUGACUCAAAUAUUAAUGAUUCACGCAUGAAAAAGAUGUUAUAACAAUCUGAUUUCGGAUUAUAAUAUUUCAAGAUUUAUUAAAACAUAAAUGAAUUUA